AGGGAGGAGGGGGGAGGAGGCUGGUGCCUGCAGGUCGGACUCCUGGGUUCCCUAGAAGAAAAGUGGGUGCGCAUGCGUUUGUUUUGGUUUCCAUUCCACCCCCUCUGGUUGGUGACGCGUGUCUGCACUGUGACCAGUUCCUCCCCCUCUAUCUCACCCCCGAGGAGGAGCCCUGUCGCAGCUGCACCACGGAGGCAGGCAGAAAUCCAACAGCAUUCAAGCCAAUUCCAAAUGGCUGGAUGCCCACUACGACCCAGUGGCCAGCCUCUACACCUUUUCCUCUUGCGUCACCCUGGCUGACCUGCAUGGUGAUGGAGACUGUAAGCUGGUGGUGGGCGACCUGGGCCCUACAGGACAUGAGAUGAAGCUGAAGGUGUACCACGGCAUGGACCUCCUGAGCGAGAAUGUCCUGUUGGACUUGCCCACAAGUGUGGCUGCCUUCCUGAUGGAGCGUCAUGAACUGUGUGUUCCUGCUGUGGGGGUGGCUGCCGGUCCCUACAUCUACGUGUACAAGAACAUGCGCCCCUACUUCCGCUAUGCUCUGCCCCCCUUGGAAGUCAACUCCACAGAGAAGGAUGUCUGGGAGCAGGCAAAGGAGGACAAGGUUGACCUUCUGUCAAUGAAGGAGACACUGGAGAUGAUCCGGGAAAAUGCAGACAGAGAAAAUACGGAGCCGCCCUUGUCAGUGCAGUCCUUGAGGUUCCUGGCCCUUGACCCUCCUGAGAUGGAGUCCUUUGUGAACCAGUAUAAAAUGCAGCCGCUCAAGCGCCAGUCACUGAUUACCUGCAUGACUACCCUGAAGAAGAGCGUGGCAGAUGAGGCCUCUAUCAGCUGCCUGGUGCUUGGGACGGAGAACAGCGACAUCAUCAUCUUGGAUCCUGAGCCCUUCAGUAUGCUGGUGCAGACAAAGGUACCAAGCGUGCCAGCCUUUCUGGACGUCACAGGACAGUACGAUGUGGAAUAUCGGCUCAUAGUGGCCUGCCGUAAUGGGUGCAUCUACAUCCUCCGCAGGAACUCCAAGCGACAUAAAUACUGCAUUGAGCUGAGUUCUCAAGCCGUGGGCUUGUCCUGGGUCCAAAAGAACAUUGUGGUGGCCUGCUCCGACGAAACCCUUCAAAGCUUUACUCAGAAGGGGAAGAAGCUCUGGGUGGUCCCGUUGCCAGCCACCCCCAUCACUUUGAGUCUCAUAGAUGAGAAGUUCCAGAGCUUCCAUGCUGUGCUGGUCGCCUUGGCCAAUAUGGAGGUGCACAUAUACCAGGACAAGAACCUUGUGAACAUCAUCCAAACGCAGGACGUUGUCAGCAGCAUCUGCUUUGGCCGCUAUGGGAGGGAAGAUAACACGCUUGUCAUGACCACCAAAGGCGGGGGCCUGAUCAUCAAGAUCCUAAAACGCACUGCCACGUUUGACAAGCGGGAUGCGGUUGUCGGAGCCCCCGUCGCCCAGAGCAUCAAGCUCAACGUGCCCAAGAAGACAAAGCUGUAUGUGGACCAGACGCUACGGGAGCGGGAGAGUGGCGUGGCCAUGCACCGGGUGUUUCAGACGGACCUGAGCCGCAUCCGACUCAUGGCGGCCCGAGCCUACGCCCAAGCGCUUCAGUGCAACAUGACGCCUGUGUCUGAGUCGGCGCAGGAGCAGCUGAAGAUGAACGCUGUGGUCCAGGGCAUGGGCCCUACCUUCAAGUUGACCCUUAACCUCCAGAACAUGUCAGAUACCCAUGCAGUCGCCAACCUUCUCAUCAGCUUCCUGUAUGAUGAAAAACUCUACUCCAUAGAGCAUCCUUUCUUUAAGACUCCCAUGUUGGUUCCAGGAUUGAAUUACCCUCUGGCCACCUUUGUGGAGUGUCUGAGCGAACAAGGGACCUCGGAUAUUAUUAAGGUGUUUGUGUUGCACGAGGGGGAGCCUGAACCACUGCUGACGGCGCACAUCAACAUGCCUGUCAGCGAAGGCCUGGCGGCCGUGUGAGCUCAAGGUCGAGUGUGAGCUCAGGGUCGAGCGGAGGAGAGGAAAAGGGCCAACCCACUUCUCUCUGGGCCGUGUGCCUCAGCAGUAGCAUAGACUUUACUUCCAUCAGUUCUAGGAAGGGCCACCUGGAGAGGAGCGCCACCCUAGGAUAGCCGGUGUCAUUUGCGAUGGAGGUAUGUGGAGUUCCUCCUCACGCUGAGGAAGAGCCCACAUCCAGGGGCUGCCACAGGAUUAGCCGCAGCUCGUCUUCUGGGCCCAGAAAUGGAGAGGUGGAACAGCAAAUGAAGUCCAGUGGUUCAAGAGUCCAAUAAAUUUUAUUUAUUCUUA